GAAAUGUUUUUGAAGACUUCGCGAUGUUUAGCAAAGUUUAAAGGUUUGCGGAGUUUUGGAAUAAAAUCGGCUGAUCAAAUUGUAUCAAGAAAGGACUUAAGUGUUAAAAAAGCUGAGAACAAUUGCAUGAAAAAGGAUCAGGAAAUAACAGCAGAGGAGUUGUUCAUGAAGAGGUCUUCGGAUGGUUGGAUGAACACUUUCGGCACGUUAUCAUCAUCAACUUCAAUCAACAAACGUGACGACAAAUUAGAUGAGAAAAUAUUUAAAGAUGAUGAGGAUGAAUCAGAUGAAUCUGAGUUUCCUUACCGGAGACUAGACUCAAAAUUUAGGAAACAUGAACCAGACUGGUAUGGGAAGAAAAUUGAAAAACUUGGAAAAGAAGGAAUGGUAUACGAGGCAUUGCAAGUAUUGGAGAAAGAGAUGUUGGUUGAUGAUCGAGUGAGACCAAAUGCUUAUGUCUUUAAUACUCUCAUUGGCAUUCUUGGCAGAGUAGGGUAUACAAAAAAAGCAUUCCAGCUUUUUAACAGAAUGAAAAAGUUUGGGAUUCGUGCGGAUGACCCGACAUACACAGGCUUGUUCAACAGUUGCAGCAACUCACCUAGUAAAGAGGAUGGCAAGAAGAGAGCUGACAACUUGAGGAUGCUUAUGAAGAAGCAGGAUGUCCAGGUCAACAUCAUCACAUACAGAGCCAUGAUCAAGGCCUACGCUCGUUUGAAUGACUUGAAGACGGCAUUUGUUCUGGCUGAUGAGGCCUUAAGUGAGAGGCAUGCUUUGUCCAGUGACACAUUCAACUUCCUCAUGAUGGCGUGCAUUUCCGACAGGGAGGCUGGCUUUGGACUCUGCAUCAAAUUGUGGAGGAUGAUGAGAAAGAAGCGACUGAAGUUCAGCACAUACAACUACAACCUGCUUCUUCGAGCUGCUCGUGACUGUAAUAUCGGCAACAAGUUCAUUUGUGAGGAUCUCUUUGAUAACUCGUGCUCUAGUAACUCCAAUUUUUCAGCAGAUAAAUUUUUAAAACUUUCGUCCGAAAAUGUUUCAACCAGUGACAACAAAGCAGCAAGCAAUGCAGUUGAUUAUCUUCCUCUUACAUCAAACACUCCAGAAGAGAAAUAUUUAUAUGAUUUUAACGAACUCAACACUAACGUUAAUCUUGAACCAACUGGUUCUUUAAGUUUGAAACAUAGUGUUGAACAUAAUGCGUUAGAGCCAGUUAAAAAUGUUUUUAAUCCAGUUCCUAACAUUUUGAAUCCAAGUUUUGUAAAAAAUGCCUCGCUAUUUUCAAUUGAUGAUAGCAAGUUAGUGUCAGCAAGUGAUCGGCUGGCGCUUCUUGGAGGGGUUCAAGGAAUGUUGAGUCAUUUUAAGAAGGAUGGGUGCCAACCAAACAUCAAAACCUUUGCAUUCUUCUUAGAUAUGAUUCCUUCAUCUAAAGAAAGUGAUGAUGAAUUGUUGAGGUGCAUGCAGGAGAACAGCCUUAAACCUGAUUUGUCUUUCUGCAAUGCCCUCAUCAGGAAGAAAAAUUUGAGAGGGGAGUUCAAAGAUGCCAAGAAUGUUCUGAAUCUGAUGACCACCUAUGACCUUCAACCCGAUUUGAAAACGUUUGGUUGCUUGGCAAUGGGAUGUUCCAGUGAAACUAGAGGAAAGAAGCUUUUAGAAAGCAUGAUGGAUUUAAAAAUGGUGCCAAACGUUGAAAUAUGUGACAUCCUUUUGUAUCAAUCAAAAUUGAACUUCAGAUACAAAUUAAAAAUUCUUCAAUUCAUGAAAGAAAAUCAAAUAAGACCGACUACCAAAUUUUUAGAAAGGCUGGACAAAGGGGUUGAAAUUGCCAAAUCAUACAUUUUGGAUCACGAGAAACGACGUCUUCAAACAAACGACAACGAGGAUUUUGACCUGGAGAAAUUUGAAAACUUGAAGGAACGUUUUGAGAAAUUCAUUUUAAAUUACAAAUCCUGGUUGAGGUCAAUGCCUCUUGAACCACAAGUGCACCCGUGGUCUCCUUACGAUCAGCCAACUCCAAAAAUAAUCGAUGUUUAAAUUAAAUGAACGCUUGUUUAAACAUUUUUAAUUGAUCGUUUAUUCUAUUCACAAUUUUCCAUCGGCUGUUUACUUAAAAUUAUAUGAUGAAAUUGUUUUCA